GCGCCCUCGCCCACGCUCAUGUCCACCCCACUGUGUUCCCUCAGCCCGCGAGAGAUCAAAUCCGUGGCGUUUGCCGACUUGAAGCCGAGCCCCAGCCCCACUCUGCCCACUGAGCUCAGUAGGGGGCGGCAGCCGUUCAAAGCUAAUCACGAGCUCUUCAAGCGACCGCCUAGCGGGUCCUUGGGCGUGGUGGCGACCUCGCCUCUCUCACCGCCAUCUUCUUCCGGUUUGUCACCUUCUUCUCCUUCCGGUUUGUCGCCAUCUUCUCCCGGCUUGUCGCCAUGUAUUUCCGGUGUUUCGGCGACUCUGGUGAGGACAUCCCCUGAAGUGUCGGUGGUCGAGGACAAACCUCCCGCCCUUCCCCCUCGGCCGAGACAGUUCCAGAGAGCACCCCUGAAAUACCAGCGACGAAACUCUGUGGAUGGUAGAAGUGAGCAACGCUGUACUUCCUCGGGUAUCCACCACGCCGUGUGUCACACUAGAAGUGUCUCAGCCACGAGGGACGUAGACAGGAGAAGGCCAGUAAACGGCGAGUUCAAACCUCCGGAUUCGAACUUUUCUUCCCCUCAGAACACUCGACAGCACACACAAGUAAAUGUCGGUGAUGUGAGAAAUGAGGCGAGAAAUAUUCUACCAGGAAAUCUUUCGCACACUUCAACUAUCUCUACACCGGUGAACGUGACGACCCCCCACGCCACGCCCCCCUCUGCCCCUCCCCACGCGAGAGAAGAUUACCUCCCCACAAACGGGCCCAAUCAAGCUGAGCGCUCGCGAGGGCCAAUUCUGAGGGAUAAGAACCUUAACAUAUCUCAUCAGCAACACCAUCAGCCGCAGCAACAGCAACAGCAACAACAACAACCACAUCUACCUCACGCCGCUCCCCCGAGGUAUGAAGAGGCGAUCAAAAGGAUUAGUCUGUACAGAGCCGAGCCACUUCACACGUCGCCCGCUCCACAAUCGGACGGUGAAAGGGGAAGCAGACGACAACAAGGGUCUCCGAAAUCACCGGAAACCCCAGGUCAAGUCGUUCUACAAAAUGGCCCCUUUUCCCCUCUGCAGAAUAGCGACACAUCCCCGUUACAAUCACACGCACCAUCACCAUUUCAAAAAGGCCAAAUUUCAAAGCAAAACUCCCCAUCUUCAUUACAAUCACACGCACCGUCAUCAUUUCAAAAUGCUCCAAUAAUUUCAAAACAGAAUCCCCCAUCUUCAUUACAAUUACACUUACCAUCUCCAUUUCAAAACUCCCAGUCUUCAAAACAAAAUUCUGCAUCUUCAUUACAAUCACACUUACCUUCACCAUUUCAAAAUACUACAUCUUCCAAGCAAAACUCCCCAUCUUCAUUAGAAUCACACUCACCAUCACCAUUUCAAAACACCUCGUCUUCCACCUCCAAACAAAAUUCCCCGAUCCCUCUACAAAAUGGCUUUGUCGGUUUGUCCGUCCACCGCAUCGAGCGGCAAGGAAUCAGUUACAGCAGCGGCAGCAGCGACUGCGCAGGCACCCCCUGGUUCAGCGAUGUGACGGAUUCCGGGAAAGAAUAUUCUAGAGAUGCCACAACCAGUAACAACAGUGUCCCUAGCCUCACGUCACUAUCCUCGCCCAUCUCAGCCUCCACGCCCAAAAUAGCCGUUGUGCACGCGUCAUCGAGAAGUGACGUCAACCCUCGGGAUCUGCCCCCUCCCCCGGCUGACAUGCUCUUGGGGUUACCCGGAAGUGACGUCAUCAAGUCGGCUGCCGGAAGUGGCGUGGGAUAUCACGUGGCGUUACGUGGACGUGAAGACAGCGCCGAGUCGGACGACGUAUUCUUUCACGACGACUCGCGAGAAAAUUUCGCAGACGUUUCAUCUAGCUCGCCUCAGAGAAUUGACGAGAGGCCACCUCGUUUCCGUCCGCCAAGCAGAGGUAGUAGCGGUCAUAGGUCAAAGUCCAGAGAGAGUUCAAAGGUCGUGCAGGGUGGUGUGGCCUCCGUCAACUCGAGCAGCACCAUCAUCAGUGGCAGCAGUAGGAACAGCAGCAGCUAUGGUCGUGCCAGCAGCCGAGACGGCGCUGGACAUUCGAGCACUGACCUCGGCGAGACUCAGGACGGUGGCUGUGGCGGGAAGCGAGUCAUUGUAGAAGUGUUGGUGUGAGUUGUUUGUGAUGUGUGUGGAAGUGUUGGUGUGACUUGUUUGCGCUGUUUAUGCCAGCCAAGAAUACAGUAUACAUGUAUCUAUAUCUUGGUUGUUGUUACUGUCUGUGUGUG